AAAUAAUCAGUCAGUCAAUCAAUGCAGAGACGUGCAUGGUACUUAAAUGUAUGUUUGUGCCCAUGAACAUGGUUGCUGUUAUUUCUUUAUUAACAGAUGGUUUUUCCGAAGGGAUUUCUAUCUUUUUGAGGACAAAUCCAGAGCCAUCAAUGGUGAUGGUGUUGACAGCCAGCUUGUUGAUCUGAUCAACAAGUGGCACAAACCUGGGAUGAACUUGUGUGUUGGAAAGCCCGAGUAUAAAACGAUCAUUGAAUCAGUGUUGAAAAUACCCUGCAUGUGUUGUCAAGCUGUGUUGGAGAUAAUGUGGGGCAUACAACAACAAAUGCGCACAUUAGUGCCUAGAGAAAAAUCAAAGCUGACUAAAGAGGACCGCUUACCAACGAGUCAAGGACUAAUGAAGUUCCUGAGUAAUUGUGGAUUUGAUGUCAAACCAGAGAUGGUCAAUGAGAAGAUUUUUUUGGCGGCAUGCGCCUUGUUUCAUUGUGAUGCUGAUGACGAGAAGAAAUUAGGACUCUUGCGCGAUGCUGGUCUCUACAUUAGAGAUAUUUCUGGCAUUGCUUGUGAGGAUUGGGACGUAAUGAAGCUUGCAAUAGCUGUUAAGGUGAUAUGUUGCCCUAAAGAAGAACUCACAGAUUUUCAUGAGGUUCUUGCAGAAGAUGUGGUAUCAAAGUUGAAAGGUGACGCACCUAAAUAUAAAGGUGUCGCAGUUAAGGUCUAUUGGUUGAAUACCUACCACACAGUUGUGUCUAACCAUCGUCUGAGGAUUGCGAAGAAAAAAAUGUUGGGGUCCUUGGUUAGGAAAGCUAAGAAAGCAUAUGAAGCAGAACAAGCGGAAGUAUGUGACAAGGUUAAGUUGCAUGGAGAGUCGCAGCAAAUUGCUCAAGACCAUGUGACCUCUGUGUCCAGGCCCACCAUUUUGCUUGGUGAUCCCACCAUUUUGGCUGGCGAGGUGAUCAGGCGCAGUCCAAGGCUGAACCGAAAGCUGCAUGAGAACAGUGGUGGGGGUACUCCCCAUAAGCGGCCUAAAUACUGAUGCACCCGUGGGAGUGUGGAUGAUUAAAAUGCUGGGCAACCUACCAACUAGGUUGGUUCAUGGUGAAGCCCCAUGAUGAUGGUGGCAUGAUAUUUUAGCAGAAGCUUUUGGGUUGUUUUAUGAUGUAAGACCUAUAUUUUACCUGCAGCGUUGUUCUUUGGCUGCCAUCCAGUUUCGUUCUAACUUCUAUGUGAGGAUGCUCUUUAAACAUUAGUUUGCUUGACUUAGUCAAAAAAGUGGUUAUGUGCU